AUGGCGAAUUUCGUAGAAUUUCUUCAAGGAGAGCAUAUUAAGUUGUUGCAGAAUUAUGCCGAUUUGCAGAAACGUUAUGAUAUAUUAGCUGCAGCUACUGGAAAUAAUGGAACUUGUAUUGGUGACACUUCGAAACUUUCAUUCGUACAGAAGCUUGUGGCUAAGAUUACUGAAAUAUAUGAUAACGAUUUAUAUAGCGAUAUAACAAUUCACUGUGAUGGUCAUCAGUUCCGAGGUCAUCGUUUAGUGAUUGCAACAAGAACAGAUUACUGGAAUGAUCUUUUAGGAAUUGAUCGCAUUGAAUUAGAAGAUGUUGCUUAUAAUAUAGGCUCUGCUAUACUGAAGUGGAUGUAUACAGAUUACGUAGACGGUCUACUGGGAAAUCGUUGUUUGAUGCAAAUAUUCACAGCAGCCUUUAAAUAUCGUUUUUUAGACUUACAGAUAAGAUGUGAAUUGCUUCUGCUAGGCCGGAUAGAUUGUGAUAGCUGUUUAAUGCUGUAUGAAUUUGCAAUCAAAAAUGACCUGAUCCAAUUAAAGGAUAGCUGCAAGAAAAUAAUUAAGACAGAAUGGAAUCAGUUCACUGCUGAAGACUUUACUAAAAUGUCUGCUUCAUUAUUAUAUGAUCUUAUCAAGAGUAAUUCUAAACAUAUAUUACAUUCAAUUAUUCGACUAAAGCGAAGUGAUAUAUUACUCCUCUUCUUUAUCGAACGUUUUCAGGAGUUGCCUAAAUUGUGCAAUGAAGAGAUCAGUAGUACUUUCCCACUGGAAUUGGCGUUGGAAUCUGAUCAAAUAGAAAUUGCAACGUCUUUAGUUAAUCAUCGUGCAGAUGUGAAUGUCAUCGAUAGCAAUGGUAGAACACUACUGAUGAGGAUGCUAAUGAAAAAUGAAAUUGAUGCACUGAUUUUUUUAACUCAGAAUGGAGCAAACUUCGACCAUAAAGUUGGUAUAACUGGCGAAAAUUUAUUACAUAUUGCUGCAUCAACAAAGUGUUCUUAUGACUUAAUUGAAUGGCUGUCGUCUAAUUUAAAUCACUUGAAUAUCAAUGAUGUCGACUCUGAAUUAAAGACUCCACUUAUGCGAGCUGUUGAUUCGGAAAAUGUGAAAAUAAUUGAAUUACUUUUACAAGAACCUGCGGUUGAUGUAAAUAAAAUGGAUCAGAAGGGAUAUUCGCCGAUAACAUCCGCUCUUUUCAAAAUUAAAAACAUGGCAUUAGCGGAACUAAUUGUAAAAGCAGGAGCUGAUUUGAACGUUCUUUAUAAAGAUGUUUUCAUGAUUCAUCAUGCGGUUUAUACUAGCAAUUUGGAUGCGGUACAAUUCUUAUGCAGGCACGGAGUGGAUGUGAAUAAAAGAACGACAGAAGGCAUGCUACCACUGCAAAUUGCGGUAGAUUUUGAAAAUAUUAAUAUGGAUAUUAUCCGAAUACUUAUGCGGUCUGGUGCAAGUAUUUUACUGCAAAUUUCGAAUUCUUAUGAAACUUUACUUCACCAUAUUAUCGGUAAAGAAAAUGGCGAUGAAAUUUUGAAGGUUUGCAUCGAAAGUGGUAGUUGCAAUGAAAAUACUUUCUCGGUCGUGGAUGCGAACGGUCAUACUCCUAUUACAAAGGCUGUUUUAAUUGGUAAGUUCCAAAGUGCUGAACUUUUGAUAAAUGCUGGAGCCAAUAUAAAUGAAAAAGAUCGGGAAGGAUUAUCUCUUCUCUUGCGAGUUAUCAAUAAGAAAUUAGAUGACGCUGCGGUAUUUUUGUUGGAUCAUGGUGCGGAUAUUUCAGGAUGUAUUUCCGAGAAAGAUUGUUUUUCUUUGGCAGUUGAAUUUUCGCUUCUCAAAACAGUUCGGCGUCUUUGCACUUUUAUCAGGAAGAACGAAAAGAAUAUAAAUACAUUAUUAUGGGAAGCUUUGCAGCAAGGCUCAUUUGAAGUCGCAAAAGCUUUAAUUGAGAGUGGCUGCGAUCUCAACGAUUGGUUUUACAGUGAAAGCCUUAAUUGUCGCCAAACAUUGUUGCAUAAAGCGAUUGGCUUGGAAUUGCGUGACGCGGCCGUUUUCUUGAUUAAUGUUGGAUGUGAUAUUGAUGUCACGGAACAGAGGCAAAUUAAUGAGGAGCAGUCCAGUAGAGACACUCCGCUGCUUGCUUGCAUUCGUUCGGAUUUUGACGAUGUUGCAUUGUGCUUAAUUGAACGAGGAGCUAGACUGGACAGGAAGGAUGCAGAAGAACGUUCGGCUAUUCAUUUAGCGGUUUCUAAGAAAAAUAUGACGAUCCUCAAUGAAUUAUUGAGUAAUUGUAAUCCUGGUUUGCUUCUGGAUACGGAUUGUUACGGAAAUACACCUCUGGAUAUGGCGAUCGAAACGCGUAAUUACUUGGCUGCUGAGAUUCUUAUCAAAAAAGCACCGAACUUGAUUACGCAGGUAGAUAAGAAUGGCGAGAUGUUAUUGCAUAAAACAGUAAGAGCAGUUGAUUUAGAAUCGGUACUUUUCUUGAUAAGUGCAAGUUUCGAUGUUAAUGCUCGUGCUCAGAAUGAAUCAUCUGUUACCGCCUUGCAUCUUAGUGCUCAGCAUGGCAGCGAAAUUAUAAUGCGAAAUUUGAUUUUAGCCGGAGCUGACGUCAGCGCAACCAGUGCUGACGGUUUUACACCUCUGCAUGUUGCUGCAUAUAAUAAUCACGAAGCAUUAUGCAUGAUUUUACUGGAAAACGGUGCUCCGCCUAACGUUCCAGACAGAUUCGGAAACACGCCAUUGCACAAAGCCGUAUUGGGAGGAAGUGUAGCUUGUGUUAAUGUCCUAAUUGGUGAUUCUCGAAUAAAUUUACGUGCUGUUAAUAAAAAGCAGCAGAAUGCUUUGUUCCUUACUGCGGGAGAUUUGUCAAGAACAAAUUCGUUGGAUAUACUGCAGAUGUUUCUGAAUGCUGAUCCGCAAUUUCCUUUGGAUGCAAGAGAUGCGGAUGGAUUUACAGUAUUUUUGUUGUCGUAUUUGAAAGGGAAUGAAAAUAUGUGCCAUGCGUUGCUACGGUAUGGUGUUUGCUUGGGCAUUGUCAGUCAAGCAGAUAAACUGGAGCGUGAGCCGUGUUGGGCUGAUGGUCAUUCCUGUUCGGAAUGUGAAGUGAAAUUUUCUCUAACAAUGCGAAAACAUCAUUGCAGGCAUUGUGGACGAUUAGUAUGUGCACGUUGUUCGGAACAAGAAGUGCCAAUACUCAAAUAUGGUAUGGAGAAACCAGCUAGAAUUUGGUAUGCGGUAUUGCUUUUCAUGCCCAUUUCAAUCUUAUUCAUAGCAGUUUCUAUCACUGCCUAUAUAUACUUCUUCACAUCAUGCACUCUGGUCGAUUUUUACAGUAAAUCAUCGGAUAUCCUGGAAAAAGAUUUGUUGGGUUCACGCAAUGAUGGUAAGCCACGAUUAAUGAGUAGAUUUUUGACUGAGAAAGAACUGCAGAAGGUAUUCGCAUUGCCGGAAUAUACACCGAGAGAUUUGGAUCUGACGCAAAAAGAACGCGAAUUUUUGAACAAAGCAAACAAAUGCGAUAUGCAAACAGUCAAAAGGCGGUCACAUUGUUCGCGCCUUCAAGUUCCCACAGCUUCACACGAUCAGUUGAUUUGUUGCUGUUCUGUGAAUAGAGUUAUUGUAGAUGUGUGUCUCACUGAAGCUGUUCUGGAGGCACAUUCGGAUUCUACAGAUGAUUUUGUGGAUCGCCUGAAUUAUGUGUAUACAGUGGGCCUUCUCAUAUUUAUGGCAACACUUACAGGAGCGAAGCAACAUUUUGGUACUGCAAUUCAAUGUAUGGUGCCUACACACUUUCCAGUGGGUGCCUUAUAUAUUAUUGCUGCAGGCUUUACUUUGCUAUUUGCCAAAAUUUCUAUGGAAUAUUAUUAUAAUAACGCGUGUAUAGAUUUGGAUAUGCGUUCUAUUGUGGAAGAAGCAAUGAAAUUACCAUCUAUUACGACAUUGUCAGUUCGUCGGAAACAUCUCAGGAGAGUGGCUAAUUUUGCUGUUGGACGGACUGCUCAAUGCUGUUCGGCAUAUCACUUUUAUGUGAUCGUGAAAUGGUUCUAUUUUGGCAGUUGCUUAUGUCAAAUUUUACUCAUAAAUAAUUUCGUAGGUGAUGGUUGUUUGCUAUGGGGCUACCGUUUUAUGGAAGAAAUUCUUAAAGGUAACGACUGGAAGACAUCGAAUAUAUUUCCACGGGUAACAUUCUGCGAUGUCAAAAUUGCCGUACGGUUUCUGCAAAUCGGCCAAGUGAAUACUCAUACGAUGCAGUGCGUCCUAAUGAUUAAUGUACUGAAUGAAAAAUUGUAUGUGGCACUCUGGUUCUGGCUUUCAGUACUGAUGCUAAUUGAUGCAAUCAGUGCAAUAAAUUCUAUGCUACUUUUGCUUUGUCCCUAUCUACAUUAUACGCGCGUAUUAUCUCUGUUGCAGGCUAAUGGUAGCUACAUUGAUGCGAAAGUUAAACGCUCCUUACUGAAUUUUGCUGAAAAUGUUCUCUGCCUCGAUGGAAUAUUGUUAUUAUCGUUUGUAAAGAACCGUGCGAAUGGGUUGAUUGCAAGUGAUCUCACGCGUGAAAUUUGGUUUAUCGCGGACAGAUGUAACAGGGAUUCCUGUGUUCAAGAUGGAACAUGCGAUGAUGAAGACUUUGCCGGUGGUGCGCCUUCUUGCACGAAGUUGAUGCCUGGUGGUAUUAAUGCUUUUGGUCCAGUUAUGCGAAAAAAUGCAUGA